UGAAAUGAAUUGUUCAUAGGUCAAAUAUUCAUAUGGAAAAGCUUUCCGGUUUUGCAACAUUAUCAGUGCGUUGCAAUCUUGAAUGCCCUCCUCUUUUUUUCAACAAGUAUCCGUCUAUUUGUUUAUCGUUCAGCAGCAGUACCUUGUAGACAUCUGCCAGCAUGACAGGGACACUACUAAUGCGGUUUUUAACAAGGAGUUUGUUGUCUGGCAACCCGAUCAUCAGGAGCAGGGGAGUUGCAUCGUUUAUUUGGACAACGGCGAAGAGAACUAACGCAUUUUUAAUUAGUGGGAGAGUAGCGUUCUGCCUAGGACUACCUACAGUGUGUUACCUGGGCCAUGAAGCUUACAGAGGAAUUCAUAGUGCAGCAGUGGUCUUUGCUUUAGAAAAAGCAGAAGAGGAGAUAAUUGAGCAGGCUGACUACCUCCACAGUUGUGCAGAGACAGAAAAGCUUUAUCAACUUCUACAACAGUAUAACAACAGCAAUGACGUAGAGUUCUUAUGGAGGCUGGCGCGGGCCACGCGGGACCGGGCCAUGGUACAGGGCGUGCCCGCCGACCAGAAGAAGGCGCUGGUGUACGAGGCCUUUGGCUACGCCGAGAAGGCCCUGGAGAAAGACGAUGCAUGCUUUGCAUCGCACAAAUGGUAUGGUAUCCUCCUCAGUGAUUUAGGGGACUACAUGGGAACCAAACACAAGCUGGAGAAGUCCCUUGUUAUCCGGAAGCAUCUGGAGAGAGCUAAGGAGCUCAAUCCCAAUGAUCCUACCACAGUAUACAUAUUAGGAUACUGGUGCUUCUCUUUUGCCGAGUUGUCAUGGUCCCUCCGGAAAUUGGCGACCGUGAUUUUCGGGACGCCCCCAACGUCCUCGUACGAAGAGGCUCUGGAGUUCUUCUUGAAAGCAGAAGAAGUGAAACCGGGCUUCUACAGUAAGAAUCUGCUGAUGCUGGGGAAGACCUACCUGGCCCUGAAGGACAAGGAGAACGCCCACCUGUGGCUGACCAAGGCCAGAGACUACCGGCCCAUCACCACAGAGGACAAAGAGGUCCAUCAAGAAGCUGUACAGCUCCUCAAACGGCUGGGCUGAGGGACAAAUAUCUCACCCUGAUCUUCGUAGGCUUUACUUCAAGCCCCCGCUUUCUUAAUCUUAAUUUAUUGCAUUUGUAACAAUGAGUAGUGAAAUAAUGUGAUAGGAGCUGAUAAUGUUAUUUGACCCUUUUGAUAACAGAAAAUCGAAAAAAAUAUUUUUUUUCCUGGAAGAGGGCAUUCGUUAAUCAUGGGCAACGCUAGCAGAAAUAAACUGUCAAUAGGCUACGUCCGUAUCUGUCUCAACUUCAAUGCAUAAACCUGUCAAUCUACAAAGAAACACGCAUACAAUGAGAAAUCCGAAUAAAGACAAAGUCAACCUUC